CGGGAUCCCGCAAACACGAAGAAAGGUCACCGAGUUUGUAUACGCGCAGCACACACGACUGGGGGGGCCAGCGACCACCCUCCAAGGCUCACUCGGCCGUGCAUUGGGCGGUGUGCGGAGAACACGUGGAGAACAAACGAUUGCGGGUGCCGUCGUGGGAGUAAGUAUCGGCCAACGGAAGGGCUUUCUCGGAGUUUGCUCCCUGGAAGAAGACGUAUGAUGUGCAUCGACGCCCGAGAUGGACGGUACCGCUUCCUGGUGCUGCUCUGUAACUGUCUCGUCACCUUCGGCUCGUACUACUGCUUCGACAUGCCGGGGGUGCUGCAGGCUCAGUUCCAGGGGAAUUUGAGCUGCUCCGAGGAGCAGAAUGCGAAGAACGCGACUGUCCUGAACGGUGGUGGAGGCUGCGAGACCCCAUCGGGAUUGGGACUCACGCCGAGCCAGUACAACUUGCUGUACGCUGUUUACGCAUGGGGAAAUGUCGUCCUCGUGAUCCCCUUUGGGUACUUGAUGGACAAGAUCGGGAACCGAGUCUCCGUGAUGCUCUUCUCGUCGUUCUGCAUGCUCGGCUCGCUGCUCUUCGCGCUCUCCAUCCGACUCCGUGGCUCCACCCGCUCCAUGCUCGCCCUCAUGCUCGCCGGGCGGGUGCUCUUCGGCUGCGGGAACGUCUCGCUCAUCAUCGUGCAGUUUCGCAUCGUGACCUUCUGGUUCCGUGAGAAAGAGCUGGCCAUGGCGUUCGGGGUGACGAUCGCUUUCUCGAGACUAGGCAGCGUUCUCAACUUCCUCUGCACCGAGAGCUUCGAGCACCGCUUCGGCCUGGAGGCGACGCUGUGGGCCGCAGGGGCAGUGCUGUGCGCCGUGAGCCUUGUAGCUGCCUGCACCGUGGGCCAGAUGGACCAGAGGGGCCUGCAGCAGCUUGGAGUCUACGCCGGACUGCGUCGCGAAGCCAAGAGCGUGAACAUCACAGACAUCCGCCGCUUCAAGCUCACCUACUGGAUGCUCGUCCUCGCCACCGUCUUCUUCUACAGCACCGUCUUCCCAUUCAUCGCCAACGGCAGCAAGUUCAUCCAGGACAUGUACGAGGGCUUCUCCCAGGAGCAGGCGUCCCUGGUGGUCGGCGCGACGUACAUGGUCUCGAUGGUGCUGUGCGCCGCGUCUGGCGUGCUCGUGGACCGCGUGGGUCUGCGUGGGGUCAUGAUCAGCGCGGCAGCGAUCUCCACGCUUCCCGUCUUCCCCGUGUUGGCGUUUGGCCGCCUGCCCCCGCUCGCCUCCACGCUCUGGCUCGGAGUCGCCUACUCCGUGAGCACGGCCUGCAUGUGGCCGGCCAUAUCCAUGGUGGUGCCGUACUCCACCCUCGGCACGGCCAACGGAGUCGCCACGUCGCUGCAGAUGCUCGGGGUCGGGGUCUCCAACCUCGCGGUCGGGGCCCUGCUCGGCGAGGAGACCGGGGAGAUCGCUCCGUGGCGGUGGCAGAACGUGAUGCUCUUCUUCCUCGCGCUCACUCUUGGCUGCCUCGCCUCCUCCCUGGUGCUCAACGUCGUGGACCAGGGCACGGGCCAGAUCAUCAACAAAUCACGCGUGCGCCAAGCGGCGGACAGAAUCUCGGAGGAAGCCCCUUUGCUGAUGGACGGAUGAGAAGAAGAGCGGGCUGGAAAUGCGUGCGGGAAGCAUCAUAUAUACACACACACACACAAAGCACCCCUCCACCCACCUCCAGAAAAUGUAGAUAGAGAAACCCCUGCCCCUCAUGAAUUAGAGAGAUGCACGAGAUGAUCGUAUAAAUCAAACUCGCUGCAUGGCGUGAUGCAAUAUCGCUCUCGCAGAUAUAUCCGGACGUUGGGGAAAUCACGUCUCGGGUUGACGGGCGGGGGGGGGGAGGAUUGCUUCUGCCUUCAACCGUGGUAGCGCAGCUCCGUGAUAUAAAAAAAACAACCCCGCUCCGUUGGGUCCGCGUGCCUCCCCGGGCCGACAAACGAGUACUGAUGGGACUUGACUUGUAUUUUCUCAACUCCCUUUUUUAUCAUUAACAAACUGACACGGCUUGUAGACACUAACGAGACUGAAAAGCUCGACUGUUGGUACAAUACACACACACACAAGGCAAUGCGCAAGGACGGGGAGACGAUCCUUUACAUUGGGAGUGGGACGCGGAGCAAGGGGAAGGGAUGUGUUCACGCUGUAACUGGGGCCAUGCUCUCAGUCCCCCCCCCCCUCCCUGCCCACAGUAGCAGACGUGGAAUGCAGCCGAUGUGGAGAACGCUCUAUACCUAUUUCACGGAUGUCUGAAUUUGUGCAAUCCUCGCGGGCAUUUUACUACGCCACGCAAUGGAUUGCAGGAUUCUUUUUUUGCUCCCUUCCAUUUUACGUUCUCUGUGAAAGCUUAAGACGGGUCUGUUAAGUCCUUGACAAACUGUUUUUUUUUUCCCUCUCGAUACAUCUACAUUACAAUCGUAAAUGUGCGCGAUGCACCGUACACGAAAUGUAAACGCUUCUUUAAGUGGCAAUUGAAAUUGUUAAAUGUAACCUCAUUGCUACACAAGCCAUAGUAACACGGUCAGUGGUCUGCCCAUGUAACAAUUCAGUGACCUUCUAAUCGGUGUAUACCUGGGUUGUAUUAAAGCUUAUUUCCUUAAAAAACAAAUCUGUCCGCAAAGUUGAAAUUUUCUAAAUAUUGUAACAUAGGCGCUAACAUAGAGGUGCUUAACAUUGAUCAGUCUCAUGGGGCAACUUGUGCACCUUUAUAAAGGGAGCCGCAAGAUCCCAUUUGCCUUGGAUGUGUGGGCGCAAUUUGUGAAAAACUUGAGGCUCUUUAGAGAACAGCUACGACUGCUACGGAUGUGUCGCUUUGACAAUUGCACAAACGCCAGACAGUGCGACGUGAUAAUGAACGCUGUUUAGGUGAAAUGCGCGCUGCAGGAGGUGGCAGUCAAGCAUCAGCCGAGGACGUCUCCGUGUUCACCGAAUGGGAAUGCUGUCGACAGCGACACAAACGACGAGGAUGAGACGCGCGCGUGUAAACACUCACACACACACGCGCAGGGAAGUCCUUCCAUUGAGGUACACUUUAUUGCACUUUCAUAUGAAAAUAAAAAUUUCUAAGUAAAACAAA